UCACGGUUUAUGACUCUUUCCUGUAUCAGCAGUAGGUGUAACAUGCAGUCAGAAGUGGCAUUUCUCAUUGCACUCAAACAGGAUCCACAGACCAAGCUUCAGAUCAAGGAGUGAACAUGAAGGGGUUUUUGGUCUUUUUUCUGCUGAUCGCUGCCCUCACGGCCUACAUGUGGAGAGAUACAUUUGAUCCAGAGACUGUUCGGGGAGCCCGAGUGUUAGUCACAGGGGCCAGUUCGGGCAUCGGGGAGCAGAUGGCCUACCACUACGCAAAGUUCGGGGCUCAGAUCGUCAUCACUGCUAGACGAGAGGAUUCUUUGAAAAAGGUGGUGGAGAAGUGUUUAAAACUGGGCGCAAAGAAGGCGAUGUACGUGACCGGAGACAUGUCUAACCACGCCGACCCUGAAAGAGUCUUUAAAUACGCUGUGGAGAAACUGGGUGGGCUGGAUUUUCUAGUGUUGAAUCAUAUUGGAAACACCGAUGUUGGAAUCUGGAACCGAGACGCAGAUCACGUCAGAUCACUCAUGCAGGUGAAUUUUGUGAGUUACCUGCAAAUGACCGCAGCUGCACUUCCUGUGCUGGAAACAUCCGGUGGAUCUAUCAUUGUAGUGUCUUCAAUGGCAUCUAAGUUGCCGAGUCCAUAUGUGGCUCCGUACACCUCUACCAAGUUUGCUGUGAACGGUUUCUACGGAUCGCUGCAGGGUGAACUGGCAGUCAAGAAGAGCAAAGUGUCUGUUACCAUCAUGAUCCUCGGACUGAUAGACACAGAAUCAGCCAUGAAUAAGAUCAAAGGAUUCACCACGAUGCCGGCCUCUCCUGCCACUGAAGCUGCUCUGAACAUCAUCAAAGCUGGGGCGACCCGUCAAAAAGAGGCCUACUACCCCGGGUUCCACUACUUCAUCUGCCUGAUCAAUUCAAUCUUCCCCUUCAUGAAAGACAUUCUUCUGUCAGGACUCAGCUUGGAGAAUUAAGACUAAAACAUGUGCAUAGGUAAUUAAAGCAACUGUAUGUAAGACUCUUACCUUCAAAAUCACAAAAAGGGCUGAUUGCUUUACGGCAGCAAAAUGUGCGUGUGCAAGUAUUUACUGUAAUUACCAAAGUAAAAACUACAUACAGCAAAUGGGAUUUUUCAAUAUUUCCUAAGAACAUAUGCAUUGUGAUGAAUGAAUGUUUGAUGUGCACUUGAGGCAUUUUUACAUACACUCUUAAAAAUAAAGGUUCCAAAUGGGUGUUUUUGCAGUGAUGCCAUAGAAGAACCAUUUUUGGUUCCCCAAAGAACCUUUAGCGAACGGUUCUUAAAAGAACCAAUUUGAAGAACAUUUUAAAAAUCUAAUGAACCUUUUUUUUUUUUACUAGAAAGAAACUUUUCUGCAUUUGAAAGGUUCCAUGGAUGUUGAAGGUUCUUCAUGGAACCAUCAAUGCCAAUAAGAAACCUUUAUUUUUAAGUGUAGGGAGGUUAGAAAAUAAAAGCCAUCCAGCAAACUAAUACAAAAGCACAAUAAAUUCAUUAUGAAAUCAGCUGCAGAACAAAUAACACUCAACACAAGAAUUUGGGAUUUACUUUCAUAAUAUUUCUUCAGAAUUCUAAGAAAGACUUCUAAGAGCCAGUGCUUAGUUUUUAAACUGUUUAUGUAUUUAUUUGUCUGACAUUUUUUAAUUAAUUUUUGAACUCUGUGCUUUUGGGAUUUUAACUUGCAAAUACAUAAAUGUUUAAUUAAAUUCAAUUAAUUAAACACAACAUUAAACUGCGA